GCGGGGAGGGAGAGGAUUUAAUGACAGGCACUGGAGCUGCAGAACGCACUCAACCAUGGGUCGCUCAGUCCUCCUGCUCGUCCUACAGUUGCUCCUGGCCACCGUUCUCGUUUCCUCUCACAGCUCCAAGAAGGGCUGUGACUGUUUGAACGGGGAAAGGGGCCGCGGACCCCAGAGGCCACCCACUGGGUCCCAGAGACCAUUCCAGGAUGAUCACCCAAACACCUCACACGCUGUCUGUCAUGUGAUGCCCAACAGCCAGUUGCCCAGAAAUGCGACUUCUAUAUCUGGAAACAUCUACUUCCGAAGACAGAGAGGUGAUGGGACUGAAAUCCUUUUGGACCUUCAUGGAUUUCCAACCAGCCAGCAGGCUCAUGGUAUCCACAUCCAUGAGUUUGGAGAUUUGACAAAAGGGUGUGAUACAUUGGGAAGGCACUACAACCCUCACAACAAGCGGCAUGGCGGUCACGCAGGAGACCUGGGGAAUUUUCAACCCAACGCCACAGGGGACAUAUAUCAAACAACAGUACAAAUGCACCUCCGGCUCCAUGGGGCUCACUCAGUCAUUGGCCGUUCUGUCGUGAUUCACGAGGACGAGGAUGACCUGGGCCACCACGACGAGCCCGGCAGCGCAGUGCACGGAAAUGCAGGCCUCCGACUGGCCUGCUGUGUGAUCGGGGUCUCCAGCCGGAGAAGCUGGCCCCGGGAGUGAGGGAGCCGAAGCCUUACAGCUCCCAGCCGGAGAAGAGGGGCUGGUGGCUGUGUCUCUCCCUCGGUGGCCUGCCUCACUCGCUCAGUGGUCGGAUCAGAGGGGGAAGCAGUGGAGGGCAGCACCUAGCAGGAGACCAGCCCCUAGACUGCAGACCCAAAUCCCAAAUCCAGGUUCGAAGUUUCACAUCCAAGUUCAGGACCCCAGGCUCCGAGACCAAGUUCAGCUUUAAUUGUCACUCAAUGAUACAUAUGAAUACAACCAAAUGAAACAACGUUCCUGCGGGGCCAAGGGGCAAAACACAGCCAACAGUCACACACAGUACACAUAAUUAUGAUAUCAGAAAAGAAGGCCGUUACAAAAUAAUUAAUAUUCGAUUCGAUUAGAUUAAAUUAGAUUAUGAGGACACACAGUCCUCUUUUAUUGGCAUUUAGUAAUGCAUGCAUUCAGAAAUGGUACAAUGUUCCUCCGGAAUGAUAUCACAGAAACACAAGAGAAACCGACUGAAAAACUGACAAAAACAACAUAAUUAUAACAUUUAGUUACAACAGUGCAAAGCAAUACUGUAAUUUGAUGAAGAACAGACCAUGGGCACGGUAAAAAAAAAGUCUCAAAGUCUCUCGAAAGUCCCAUCAUCUCACGCAGAUGGUAGAAGGAAGAAAAAAUCUCUCCCUGCCAUGAACCUGCCAUUAUUAAGAGAAAUAAUAAUCAUAUAUUUCAAGUCCCCGAAUGUUAUGGUCCGUAGGUUGACCCAAGAAUCUGAUCCUCACUCCUCUCCGUGGAAAGGAGGGCCCUCAGGAAGUGGGACAAUGGAGAUUAAAGCUGGUAGUCCCCGGACAGUGAUUCAUCGGCCCAGGGACUCUCCAGCACUGGCACUGACCUUGACCCAGAAGCCCUGGCUGGGAAUCACCGAUCCCAACGCCUUGUUCCAUUUCCUGAGAGCUCCCUAGGAUGGUCAAUCCGAAGACCAGCAGCAAGUGUUCGGGUUCCCUGCUCUCCCACCCAGCCACCGACGUUGGUGGGCUUCACGCAACGAAUAAACUAUCGAAGCCACCCUCAGUGCCUCGGUGCUUCUCUCUGUAACCGA